UCCGUACUUUUUCUUCUUGAACCUGAUGUAUCCCAAAGACUCUAGCAUCAUGAGCACGUUGCAACUAGUCUCUCAGUUCUUCUGGAUCAUAACACAUGUGUUGGAGCUGUUAGUCAUCGUAUUGCCGUGUGCAGCCACUUCAAGUGAGGCAAAUAACACAUCAAAAAUUGUUUGUAAACUACUGAACAGAAAUUUUACACAAGGAACUAGACAACAGUUGGAAACUUUUGCACUACAACUGACCCAUCAUAGGGCCGAGUACUCAGCCUACGGCAUGUUCAAACUUGAUCUACCAGUAAUAACUUCAAUUGCUGGCGCUGUUACAACUUAUCUUGUUAUUCUCAUUCAAUUUCAAGGCACUGAUUUGGAUGUUACCGUUGUUCAAACAUAAAAACUGAAUAAUGUUACAUUUUUGAAAUGUAUAGGCUACAAUGUCUUCUCUCAAGCAAAGAAGUACAGAGUAUCUGUGUUUAUUUGUUAGAAAUAUCGGGCUAUUUUAAUGUUUUGUGAUAUUAUAUCAUUAUAAUAUAAUCAAAAAGCUAAUCUUUUUCUCGUGGACCAUCUAUUUCAGCGUCCAUCAUACACAUAAAUUAUUUUAAUAAAUCAAUCAAUUUUUAUUCACAACGCACAAAAAAUACAAUUUGGGAAAAACAAUAAUAUACAAUGUAAUAGUUACAAUGAAUAUUGAAAAAAUAAUAAAAACAAUACAAAUUACUAACGAAUCACGUGGUGUGCUGGAAAAUUGCUAUUUGAUUUUUUUAUUAAAAAAAAUUAUGUAGUCGGACACACCAUAUGAGGAACCAUGGAAGUUUUUCCUAAUAAACUUCGUUUUUCUGAACUUGAAGAUUAUAUUAUUGAAGUUGAAAACUUGUAGUAUUGGAGUAGAAAACUAUUGGAACUGUUAGGCAAAUUAAUGGUGUCAAGGGAUAGCUCUAUACUUAAUAAGUCACUUGUGACUUUCGAGAGACGGGUCUCAGAUAUUAUUACAUAGAAUAGGUUAAACGGUUAAACCUUUUAUCUAAAAGUUGAUCAUAAACUCUUCCAAUAAAAGAAUUUGACACUUGAGGUCUCAAAAUAUCAUCGUUGGCAGACUGAUAAUGUGACUCUCAAAUUUCUAAUGUAACCACAGAUUUAUGAGUGAAAUUCCAUCCCAAUUUUCUGAUAUUGCUCAAAAAGUGUGAGGAGAAUUUUUUUAGAUAAAAUUGAAUUGUUUCAAAAAAUUCUUCUCUUCGAAUAUCAAACACUUCUCCCAGAAUCAAUGAAAGUACCUUUCUUUCAAUUGCUUUUCAAAUAAUGUAUUCUUAAUUCAACUUGUAGUUUUCUUUCAAUAUUUUUGUCAUUGUCAAGUAAAUUCGACCAGUAAACAUACAAUUUCUUAUAUACUAGGUACGUUUAGUGGGAUUUGAAUGAAUGUGAGUAUUUUUGAUUCUAUAACUACUGGUAUCGGUAGAAUAUCGUAUAAGUACUUUUUGUAUCCAUGCCGGUAUUCAAUGGGUAUGGAGUACUUGGUCAGUUUAUAUCAUGAUAUCAGUAUCGUAUCAGUUUAGGUGUCUGGUAUAGUGAAAAUGUUAUCCCAUCUGAGAUGGAAUGGGACUAUCGGUCGGGAUGAGUGGGAAUUGUACCAUUAGAACUUAUGGCAAUAUCAUCUCCACUUUAUCGUAGGCCUACCUUACCCUGACACUGAUAUGCGGAAUCCACCUUGAAUCAGCCUUUACCUUGGCCUAAAUGAGUACAUAGCACAUAGACUAUACAGACGGUACAGUUGAAGUUUAAUUCCCAUGAGUUGAAGUAUUAGUCAAUGUGAGACAUAAAACAGGAUAAAUUGUCUGCAAGAGACAGUGGUUUUAUCUCGGGUCGCACAUUAAUAACGAUGCUCCUAUAUUUCGUACACACUCCGUGAGGCCCGGGCGCAUCUGCUACCGUAGGUACGCGAGUCAGCACCACUGUGUAGUCGGUAGGCAAGUUUCAUAAGUGGAGUUUAGCCUCACUUUAGCAUGAAGUGCAGUGGAACCACAAACCACUGUUAGAACGACUAGCAUCUGGGCGUGGAAACUGCUGCAGCUGCUGCAGUGAGUGGGCCGAAGCCCGGGGGAGGGGGGUUUCAACAUUCUAUGCGAUGCUACUUCCAGAGACAGAGGCGAACCCAUGAAUAGCACAGUCUGGUUAAUUUCACGUGCCUCCUACUUCCAGAGACAGAGGCGAACCUAUUAAUAGCACAGUCUAGUUAAUUUCACGUGCCUCCUACUUCCAGAGACAGAAGCGAACCCAUGAAUAGCACAGUCUGGUUAAUUUCACGUGCCUCAUACUUCCAGAGACUUCCCGAAAUUAUGCCAGAGAUAACACUGUGCCCAGUUACUUCCAAAGACGGAGGAUCGGGCUACGCCCGGCCCCUGAUCCCAUAGACUUAACCUUUACCUGACCGUACAGUAUUUAGGGUGCGCGCAUAGGGAAGCGGUCGAAGCCGGGAUAAAGGUAUCUCCGUUAAUACAUUCCAUGUUAUGGUGGGGCGCCCGCAUGGUGAAGAGGACGAGGGAGAGAGGUUCACCUCUUCCAUAACAAGAAAUGUAUUUCCUGUUGUAUUAUGUAGAUGGCAGUGGCCACUGAAAAGAAUUGGAAGGUUUUAAGGUUAUGUUUAAAAAGAUGUAAUGUUGAUUAUGUUGUAAUGUAUGGAGUUUCAAUAAAUGAAAUAGAAGAGAGGCAAUGACUUUUAUUUUAAAACAUGGCGACGAGGAAAAUAAUUUGACAAAGUGCAAAACAGUUAAUUUUGACGUCGGUAACCGUCCGUAAGGCUUUUUUGGUUAGAAUGGAGGUGCGUAUACCGGCACCGCUCACAUUGGAGGGUGACGUGGUUUCAAACUGGAAAAGAUUUAAACAAAAUUUCGAAAUUUAUUUACUUGCUAGUGGAAAGAGUGCGGAAAAGGAACCAGUGAAAGUUGCAGUUUUUCUAAAUAUAAUCGGCGAUGAGGGCCUGGACAUAUACAACAACUUCAAAAUCAGUGAUGACGAAAAACAAAAAUUGGUUUCUGUGCUGAAAGAAUUUGAGAAUCAUUUAGUUCCUAAACGGAAUGAAAUUUAUGAACGUUUUCUGUUUUAUAAACGAAUACAAGGGAAAACUGAACCUAUUCACAUAUUCAUUGAAGAUCUAAAAAAACUUGUCAAGACUUGCAAUUUUGGGGAUCAAAGUGAGAAAAUGAUCAGAGACAGAAUAGUGUUGGGGGUGCAUAGAAGUGAAGUGCAAGAAAAACUUUCAAAUAUUCCGGACUUGACUUUGGAUAAGGCAGCUGAAAUCUGUAAGACUUUUGAGGUGACGAAACAACAAGUAAAAAACAUUCAAGGACAUCAGGAUAUAGAAUCUAUUUCACAUCACCAGAGGCAAAAAUUUUCCACCAGAGUGAAGGACUCUUCAACUAAAGAAGGACAACAUCAUUACUCUUCAACUAAAGAAGGACAAAAUCAUCACUCUUCAUCUAAAGAAGGACAAACUUAUUUCUCAAGAUGUGGAGGUAUCCACGUUAAUAAACAGUGUCCUGCUAUAGGUAAGACAUGCUACAAAUGCGGUAAGCCUAACCAUUUUUCUAACAAAUGUUUUAAAAAACGGGUUCAAGCUAUAGAAGAAAACUUGUUUGUUGAUAGUCUGGCAGUACUUGAGCACGGUGACUUUGAUGGCGAAUUUUGUAGGGUUGAUUCAAUAUCUAACAACAAUAAAACAUGGUUCCAACAAAUAUCUGUUGGAAAUGAAAAUAUAACGUUUAAGCUAGACACUGGGAGUGAGGUAAAUGUGUUGCCAACAAGUUGUAUUAGUUCAGAUAAUCUUGCUAAGGGUGUGCCGACCAGUAUAACUUUAUAGAAUCUUAUGGGGGGUUUAAUGUUAAACCUAUUGGCUGCAUGAAAUUGCAAUGUACUGUGAAAAAUAUGAGUAGGAUUUAAAAUUUUGUAGUGGUAGAUAUUGAUGCUAAACCUAUAUUGGGUUUGCAUGCUUGUUUAGAGCUUGAAUUGAUAAUCAGAAAAGUCUGUCAAAUCACAACUAAAAACUUGGAACAAGAAAAUUUUGUGACAAAUAAUAUUUAUGUUUUUACUGGGGUUGGAGAGUUUCAAGAGGAAUUAGUCAUAAAAUUAAAGGAUAAUAGUGUACCUGUGGCAGCACCACCACGUAGAGUCCCGCUUGCGCUUCGCGAUAGACUUAAAAGCAAAUUGAAUAGUCUUGAACUUUCCAAAAUCAUAGAAAAAGUUGAAGAACCAGAAGCAGGGUGGGUGAGUAAUUUAGUUAUUGUUGAGAAACCGGAUGGUAGUUUAAGAUUGUGUUUAGAUCCUAAUGAGUUGAAUAAAUGCAUAAAGAUGCAAAAUUAUUUAAUUCCUACUUUAUCAGAGGUGACUGCAAAGUUGUCAGGAAAAAGAUUUUUCAGUGUCUUUGAUCUUGCUGAUGGAUUUUAUCACGUUAAACUAUCCCCUGUGUCUGCAAAAUUAUGUACAUUUACUACUCCAUUUGGUACUUUAUAUAAAUUUUUACGUUUGCCUUUUGGCAUAAAUGUAGCACCUGAAUAUUUUCAGAAAAUCAACACAAAAAAUUUAGGGGACAUACCGGGUGUUGUAGUUUAUUUUGACGAUAUUUUGAUAGCAGCAGAUACAGAAGAAGAGCAUGAUCAAGUAGUACUUAAGGUUAUCAAUAGGGCACGGCAAUUGAAUAUAAAGUUUAAUAAGUCCAAGACUCAGUACAAGUUGAAGACAGUAAAAUUUCUUGGUCACAUUUUUAGUGGGCAAGGUAUGAGCCCUGACCCAGCUAGAAUUGAAGCAGUUCUGAAGCCAGAGCCUCCCGCGAAUAAAGAGGGAUUGCAAAGAAUCCUGGGUAGGCUAUAGUUAAUUACUGUCGUAGUUUUAUUCCAAAUUUGUCUACUCUCUCUGCCAACCUUAGACAGUUGCUCAAGAAUGGAGUUGAAUUCCUAUGGCUACCUUGCCAUACAACUGAGUUGAAUAACAUCAAAAAUGCAUUAACAACUGCACCUGUUUUGGCUAACUUUAGUGAGAGAUUGGAUAUUACCAUUCAGUGUUAUGCUUCUAAAGAUGCUUUGGGCAGCUGUCUCUUGCAAAAUGGACGAUUAGUAUGUUUUGCAUCUCGUAGGUUAACUGACUGUAAAAAAACUACUCUCAAACAGAGAAGGAAUUGCUAAGUAUUGUCACUGCUUGUAAAAAGUAUCAUGAUUCUAUUUAUGGAAGAACUAAAAUACAAAUUAUUACUGACCAUAAGCCUCUUCUACCAAUUUUGAAUAUGAAGAAUAUUAAGUAGCAUUGGAUCUGUGAGGCUUCAAAGAAUGAAAUUAAAACUGUUGAAAUAUAAUUUAGAUGUAUCAUACAUGCCAGG